UUUGGUCAAGCUGUCCCCCUAUAGUGAGUAGAGCGGAGUGGGGAGCCAAUCCCCCGGUCCAGACCACCAACCUCACCCUGCCCGUGGAGUACAUCGUGGUUCACCACACUGCCUGGGACAGGUGCUUUACAGAGGAGGACUGUGUGAAACAGGCCAAGAGAGUACAGGACUACCACCAGGGAGACAAGGGAUGGUGGGACCUCGGGUACAACUUCAUGGUGGGGGAGGACGGCCGUGCCUACGAGGGCAGGGGCUGGACGUCACAGGGGGCCCACGCCAGGGGGUUCAACUCUAAGUCUAUCGGCAUCACGAUAUUCGGCGACUUUCGAUGGGACAUGCCCAAGAGAAACGCAUUAGAAGUGGUGAAGUCUCUCAUCGUUUGCGCCAAAGAACAGGGCGUUAUUCAGGACAACUACACGGUGAUCGGUCACAUGCAGGCAGCCACGCCCUCCUACACGGAGUGCCCGGGGGGAGAACUGCUCUGUGAGAUAUCCACCUGGGACAACUGGAAACCUUUCCAAUUCAAUGGUACCUUCACAUUCCCGGCAAACUGUUCAGAACCAAGCGAUGUAUGCGAUUCUAUAAUCAGUAGAAGUAAAUGGGGUGCACGGCCACCAAAGUCAGCGGAUGUCAGUAUGACGUCACUUCCGGCACAUUAUGUCGUCAUUCAUCAAACAGGCCUGGGCAGAUGUUUUGGUGACUGUACCUCUAACGUGAGGCAGGUUCAGGCGUUGCACCAGGAUCAAUAUGGUUGGAAUGAUAUUGGUUUUAACUUCCUCGUCGGAGAAAAUGGCGGCGCUUAUGAAGGCCGAGGGUGGUAUAAACAAGGACAACUUGCAGACCGUUUUGACUCACGCUCACUGAGUAUAGCAUUCCUCGGUGACUUUGAGAACGUGACUCCUAUGGCGACGGCUACCAAUGCAGUUAAACGUAUCAUACGGUGUGCCAUUAAAAAAGGUAUUCUUCGAAAUGACUACACUCUCAUUGGACACACACAAGCAGACGACAUAGGACAGACUGCGCCCCCUGGCGGACGUCUUCUUUGCACAAUAUCAAAGUGGGAUCACUGGAUACCUGAGCAGUAUAAUGGCGUCUUCCGGUUCCCUCCACAAUGUCCGCGGGUCAUCAGUCACGACCAAACUGUGAAAGCUGCAGACGCCUCUAAAACGAUGACAGUAAACGACGAGUGCCCGGAUAUAGUAAGCAGAGCUCAGUGGGGGGCCAGACCCCCUACCGAGAUCACGAACCUGACACUUCCGGUCCAGUACGUUGUGGUACACCAUACAUCCUGGGACCGCUGUUUUACUAGGGAGAACUGCAGCGCAGAGAUGAGGAAAAUACAGAUUUUUCACCAAGAUGUUCGACAUUGGGCAGAUAUCGGUUAUAAUUUCGGUGUUGGAGAGGACGGCAGAGCAUAUGAAGGACGCGGCUGGUAUAGACGAGGGGCGCACGCGCGAAGAAUUAACGGUAAUUCCACUGGUAUUGUUGUGAUGGGAAAUUUUGAAGACGUAAUACCUUUGUCGAUAGCUACAGAUAUGGUCAAGAAACUUAUUCGUUGUGGGGUUCAAAAGGGAGUCCUGCGUCCUGACUACAUCCUGGUGGGUCACCGGCAGACAGACGACAUUGGCCACACCACGUGUCCUGGUGGAAGUUUUCUGUGUGAAAUCACAAAGUGGGAUCAUUGGCAACCAUACCAGUUCAACGGCACUUUCCAUUACCCCUCUCAGUGUCCUAGAGCGGAUGACGUCACAGCAGUGUCAACGGGCUCUGUACAGUACUCUCCCACCUAUGGUAA